AUGAUUAUUAAGGAAUAUGAAGAUUUUAUAGAAGGAAGCUAAUAUAAUUUAUUGGACCCUGAACCUAUAUAAAAGUUUUUAAAGUUAAAAGGAGUAAAUAUAGGUACUGAUAAUAGUUUUACAAAUAAUAAUGAGAUUGCUAUUAAGAGAAAAAUCGAUUGCAUAGAAAUGGAAGCUGCAAGUUUAGUUAGAAUUUGUCAUUUAAUGAAUGUACCUUUUACAGCAAUCAAAAUUGUGUCAGAUGUCGAAAUGGAGGAUUAAAAAGAAAGAGAAAAACUCUUUUAAGACUUUUUUGCAAAUAAAAUAAAAGAACUUGGAAAAAUAGUACAUAAGAUUAUUGAAAAUAUUGAUGAUAUUACAAAAUAAGAAAUUUGA